UAAACCCGGUCCGAGAAGGGAAGGUGACUGCCUGGGUGAGACACUGGAGCGUCUCUGCGUUAGAGUCUGCCACACGGUGGAGCAAAGCUUAACCAAACUUUCCCUGUAACAUUUGACAACACCCCAAUCCCCUUAAGAACCGACAAAAAAGUUUGACAUUUCCCACCUUAAGGCAUUUAUCAUCUCCAAUCGCCAGUUUGGCUCCACUUUUACUACUUGACAUUUUAUUUUUUUUACGCAACAAGUCUGUUCCCUUCUUUUCCCACACUGAGAGCAAACCAGAAAUGCCGUCGCCACAUUAGUCGCCGUGGCCGCCCGGUGUGCCGCCGCAGUGACUCGGGCUGCCAUGCUCGUGUCUAACGCGAGCCUGAGCGGCUGCGCGGAGUUCAACAGCGCCCUGUGCGCCGGAGCCGGAGAAUGGCACCCGGGGGGCGGUACGCUCCGGACCACCCUAAGCCCAACGGGGCACCUCGUCGUGGCCGUGUGCCUCGGCUUCAUCGGUGCGUUCGGACUGCUGAACAACCUUCUGGUGCUGGUUCUGUUCUGCCGCUACCAGAUGUUGCGCUCCCCCAUUAAUCUGCUGCUCAUCAACAUCUCCAUCAGCGACCUGCUGGUGUGCGUCCUCGGGACUCCGUUCAGCUUUGCUGCCAGCACGCAGGGACGCUGGCUCAUAGGAGAGAAGGGCUGCGUGUGGUACGGCUUUGCCAACUCCCUUUGCGGAAUUGUGUCCCUGAUCUCCUUGGCUGUCCUCUCGUAUGAACGCUACAGCACCAUGAUAACCCCCACUAAGGCCGACUCAUCGAACUACCGCAAGAUCUCCCUGGGCAUCCUUCUUUCUUGGGUCUACUCUCUGUUGUGGACCCUUCCGCCACUCUUUGGCUGGAGCCACUAUGGCCCAGAGGGUCCUGGGACCACCUGCUCUGUUGACUGGACAGCUAAGACAGCAAAUAACAUAUCUUACAUCAUCUGCCUGUUUGUGUUCUGCCUCAUCGGGCCCUUUCUGGUGAUCGUCUUCUGCUAUGGGAAACUGUGGUGCGCCAUUAAACAGGUGAGUGGGAUCAAUACAUCACUUAGCAAGAAGCGUGAGCAGCGGGUCUUGUUCAUGGUAGUGAUCAUGGUGAUCUGUUACCUACUGUGUUGGCUGCCAUAUGGGAUCAUGGCCCUGUUGGCUACCUUCGGGCCGCCUGGCCUUGUCACACCUGAAGCAAGCAUCAUUCCCUCAGUUCUGGCCAAGACGAGUACAGUUAUCAACCCGGUCAUCUAUGUCUUCAUGAAUAAACAGGCUUUGGACAUGAUCCUGAAUCAAGUCAACCCUUGUGAGAGAGAUCGAGAACACUAAAACCUUCAGAUGAGGAAACUCUGGACCCCCCAAAAAAGAGAGGCUGAACGGAGACACAGAGUACCAAAGAAGAAGGCAAAAUAUGGGUCUGUGGCCAUAGGGAACUGGUUGGCAAGCGUCUCUAUCACAGCACAAUAUAAUUGUGUGCCCCAGAUCGACAGCCAACGACUUUGACCCAAAGAAAGGUGUACAGUCAGAAAGCUUCCUCUGCUUCAUCACUCUUGACAUGUUUUGAGCUGAUCAGGAGUGGAGUGGACUGUUCAAUAUCAGCACCAGACACAGCUCGACAGUUUGGUCAUUGCUCUCCAUGAACUACCGGCACUUUUUUUUAUCCUCUUGAAGGGGGAUGAUAAAACUUUUCUCACUACUUGAAUCAUAGUAGGCAAAACUGGGGCACUCACUGAUCAUCGUCUUUAUGACCCAAAACCACAUUCAAGGCAUAUUUACACCUAUGCUUCAGUGACAUGGACCCAUGCAGUGGACAAGUCAGGACUGACAGGUUUGCUGCAGUCUCUGAUGUUUAUUUACUUUUUUUUUUAUUGCCAACUCCAUCUCAUCCUACAGUCCAGGCGCAUGUGCCAAACGAAAUGUACAAAUGUGUUAAAUGUAGAAAGGAGGUGUUGUGGAACUUAAGUGCUGAAGCCCAGUAAAAAUACACAAACACGGACAUGACACCAUCUUGGCACAUGUGAAAGUUCUGUACCUUUUUUGCAUUGAGUGUUUUUGUUAUUAAUCACAUCACCGAAAUAUUGCUCAAGUCAUUUUAUUGUAAAAUUUCUUGAAUUAAUUAGUUAAAUAGAGGUCCUGUUUGAUUAUUGUGCAUCAACAGUAAAUCUUAGCAAGAAUUAAGAAAGAUCAACUGCUUCUAAAAUUCACUGAUAAGAGAGGUAAAAAUAAUGUUCUAUUGUGAACACAAAGUGUAAUCAUUACUCGUAGUCAGCUACACUGCAUCUGCCCAACCUGGACAUGGAAACUUUCUCAUCAUACAGUGUGAGCAGGUAGAUCGCAUCAGAGCGUCGGGCUGAACAUGCAUUGUGAGCUGUAAACUCACACUGUACGACAAAAUCCUGCGUUUUCGUCGUAGCUGCGUGCAACAAUUGAAAAAAAUCACAGUGUAUGCCCGACUUAAGAAUUUUUCAGGUCAGUCUACAUUAGGCCACUUGAUGCGUAGUGAGGCUCUAAGCAGACUCCACUUCUCAAAAACUUACCCAUAAAAUCAAAGAGAUGUCACUGAAUGAAUCAUGUGACCUAGAUGAGCCAGUCAUCUGAGCCCCCCUUAAACACAGAGGUAACUAAGCUAAAAAUUGUUGUUAGGCGACAAAACAGAUACAACUUUUACCUGACAUGUUUUUGAGUCUCUAAUUUAGGAUUUAAUCUAGAAGGGUGAAUAUGGCUUUGUUUUAAAACUAACUUGAUGAUUGAUCAACUCAAUCUGCUGGUCCAAAGUGGUCCUCUGUAUAUCAGGUUUUAAAAUAUGAAGGGAGACUGCUUAAGCUUGUGACAGCACAGGGUUGCCACUUGAUCUAAGGGAUGCUAAACCUAAAGGUUACUUGCUAAGACCCCAAAGGCAAAGUAACACAGUCUUGCUUCAAGAACAGGAUGGAGCUGCCUUAUUUAAGAGGAACAAAAUUGCAGGUAAAUGUAGUUUGGCCAACAAAGAUGUUGUUAAUGAAAUACCUCAAUCAUUUCCUGCUAAGAACAAUAAUCAUUACUCUUUUCACAGACAAUCCAUCUGAACAAAUGUUUACUUUGGCUUAACCUGGUCUGAGAUGUUGUCUUUGAUCGUUCCUAGUGUGUUAUGGCCUCAACUUG